UCUAGUGGACUAGGAAGCAGCUGGUAGUGUACUUUUUAGAUACGCUUUUUAGCACAGAAGUGGUGUGAUCAGGCUUCCAUACACGAAUUCAUGUGACGCGAGAAGCAAAACAGCCCCCGUGAUAGAACCCUUUUUACUGGGACAAAUUCCAAAUCGAGCUCUUUUAGAUGCAAAGUGCACUUAAUGGGUGCUAUAUACUGUACCGUUAUUUAAUAGCCUAUGUAGGGUCCUAGCGGUAUAGUAAGUCGUAAUACAGUUCAAAUUCAGCCUCGUCGCUAUGGAAACAGUGGACUCAAAGAUGGCAACAUAAGGAAAACGUUUGCUAGCUACCGGACCUAACUAUUUUUAUGUUAAAUAAAGUGGAUAUAUGUUAUACGAAGUAUCUGGAUUGAAAUAUGUAGCGUUAUAAGUUUUGAUUUUUAUUACGUACAGCUAGUUAACUGUUUAGCUACUUUAAAAGACAAAAGUGUUUUAAUAGCUUUCUUGGAGGUUAGCUUAACUAGCAGUCCUGCAUGGUAGGAGGAAAAAUAAAUCUGUAAUCCCCAGUUAAUUCACUCAUCCGCGCUGAUCUGCCUGCCUUCUUUACUCUGACAAAUGAACUAGCCUAAUGUUUAUGUAGUAAAUAUCAAAUAUAAUUAAUACUGCGGGUGGUUGUGAUUUAGAUUUUAAAUCAGGAGAAGAUGGAGCUCAAUUUAAACCAUGUUGAUUACCUGCAGGUUGGAGUGACUUCUCAGAAAACUAUGAAGCUUUUACCUGCAGCAGGACGAAAAUCAACACAAAAAGUUGCUAUUGCAGAUCAUAAUGGUGUGAUAAACUGUUUUGGGAUGAAAAAGGGAGAGGCAGUUCCAGUGUUUAAAAGUCUGCCGGGACAGAAGAUCUCCAGGCUGGAGCUGGGAGGUGCACUGGGAACACCACAGGAGAAGAUCUUUGUGUCUUCUGGCUCUGAGGUUAAAGGGUUUACAAAAAAGGGCAAACAGUUUCUCUCUUUUGAGGCCAAUCUGACUGAGAGCAUCAAUGCCAUGCAUGUUUCUGGGGCAGAUCUGUUUGUCUGUGCCAGCUACAUUUACAACCACUACAAUGACUGCAAAGACCAGAACUACUAUCUGUCAGGGGACAAAAUUAAUGAUAUAGUGUGUUUACCAGUGGAAACAGUUGGGCGUAUUGUUCCUAUUCUUGCCUGCCAGGACAGAGUACUGCGCAUAUUGCAGGGUUCAGAGCUGCUGUAUGAUUUUGAAGUUUCUGGGCCGCCAUCUGUCCUGGAGCUUCACAACAGAAAUGGAGGUAAAGAUGGGGAGGAGAUACUUUAUGGAACUACUGAUGGUAAACUAGGUCUAGUGCAGUUAACCAGUUCAGCUCCUGUCUCUAAAUGGGUUGUGGAUAAUGAGAAGAAAAAAGGAGGUAUACUGUGCAUUGAUACAUUUGAUAUUCUGGGUGAUGGAGUAAAAGAAAUCCUUGUUGGGAGAGAUGAUGGUACAGUAGAGGUCUAUGGAUUGGACAGCUCCAAUGAACCCACACUGCGAUUUGAGAAUGUGUUGUCUGAAAGUGUAACGUCAAUCCAGGGGGGAUGUGUAGGAAAAGACUCAUAUGAUGAGGUUAUAACAACUACAUACACAGGUUGGGUGUCAGGUCUCACCACAGAGCCUCAGCAGAUGGAGGCAGGACCAGGGGAGGAGGUGAAAAUGAGUAAAGAAACCCAGGCCAAAGUGGCUGCUCUCAGGGCUGAACUGGAGCAACUGCAAGUGAAGGUGAUACAGGGGAGGGAGAAAUAUCAGCAAAGUUCUCAGUCCAGCACAGCUGUGUCUGCAGUACCUGUCUUUAGCAUCAAUGAUAGGUUCACUCUGUGCCAAGAUGAUGCCAGUUACAGCCUUACGUUGGAAGUGCAGACUGCCAUUGAUAACUUACUGCUACAGAGUGAUGUUCCUAUAGACUUGCUUGAUGUGGAUAAGAACUCAGCAGUGGUUAGCUUCAGCGAAUGUGAUUCUGAGCCAAAUGGUAAUUUUCUCCUCGCCACCUACAGAUGCCAGGCUAACACCACAAGGCUGGAACUGAAGGUGAGAUCAAUUGAGGGUCAGUAUGGCACGCUUCAGGCCUAUAUAACUCCUCGGCUGCAGCCCAAAACAUGCCAGGUGCGUCAGUAUCAGAUUAAACCACUCUCACUCCACCAGAGGACCCAUGGCAUUGAUCAGGACAGACCCAUGAACACUUUGAAGCUAGUGGGACAGUUUAGCUUUGCAGAGAUCCACUCUUGGGUUGUGUUCUGCCUGCCUGAGGUACCUGAGAAAACCCCAGCGGGAGAAAACAUCACCUUCCACUUUCAAAACACCUUCCUGGGAACACAGCUUGAGGCCAGCUACUGCAAAGGUGAAGGCAACUUUAAAUCAGACAACAUUUCCACUAUAUCCAUACUUAAGGAUGUACUUACUAAGGAGGCCACCAAACGCAAAAUCAACCUGAACAUUUCUUAUGAGGUGAACGAAGAUUCAGUGAGACAUACCUUGAGGAUGAUUCAUCCUAAGCUUGAGUAUCAGCUUUUGUUGGCCAAAAAGGUUCAGCUUAUUGAUGCUCUGAAGGAGCUGCAAGUGCAUGAAGGGAAUGCAGAUUUCCUGAUUCCUGAGUAUCGUAACAUCCUUGAUGAGUCUGCACGUCUCUUAGAAGAAUACAAGAAACAGCCAGCCCACCUAGAAAGACUGUAUGGCAUGAUCACUGAUCUUUUCAUUGAUAAAUUCAAAUUUAAAGGGCAAAAUGUUAAAACAAAGGUUUCACAGCUUCUUGAAAUAUUAGACAACUAUGAUCUUAAUUCACUGAUGGAUUUUUUCAGAGAUGCUUGUUGAAAUUUACAAACACUGUCUAUAAUCAAGGUCAACUAUGCCUGUUUAGCAUUUUUACAUGCCACAGAUUAGGUAAGGUGUUUCUUAUUGUCUUAAAAUAUUGUAUGUAACUUAUAUUAUUUUACUCAGCUGUGUGUAUACAGUUAUUGCCGUGUUGUGUUGUAUCAAGUAAGACUAAGAUUUCUGUUCUGAAAUAGUUCAGCUUUUUUUAGACAUUCCUUUGCACAUUUUUAUAAAAUAAUAUAUGUCUUCUAAUAAAUGUUCAAUAUGUUUUCAUUAUUUAAUGUGUUUCUAAGUGUCUUCAUUUAUAUGGCCAAAAGUAUGUACAACCCAAAUCAGAAAAAGUGGGGACAGUAUGGAAAUGCAAAUAAAAAAUGCUGUGUUUGUUA